AUGUCCGCGACCUUCCCGUCCGACCGCUAUGCGACUCUCGGCCCCAGCGAUUCCCUUUCGCAGAGGGCGACACCCAGCACUGUUUACAGUCCCACCAGCGCGACCUUCCCGUAUACUCCCGCCAGCGCCGCAAGCGGAACGACUGACACAGAUGCACCUUCCCUGAGCGGUUCGGAGAAUGUGCGCAAUCCAUUCAAUUUCCAGCCCGUCAGCUACAUGCCGGGGAGGCCGCAGGCAAACAAGUCGGAUGUCGGCCGUCGACGCGGGCACAAGUACAAGCACAGCAGCGUCUCCCACCAGAUCUUCCUCGAGCCUCCGCCGCGCGCCCCGCUCCAGCUCCCCGCCUCCCUGCCCGUGCCGACCUUCAAGGAAUACCGCUCGAGCAUGACCAAAGAGCAGACGUGGAGGUUGAUGUGGUGCUUCUGCCAUCUGACCGUAGCGGGACUGGUGCAGUGGGGAGCGCAUGAAUCGCUAGCUCUCACGGUUCUCUCCCGUCUGAUCUUCUACGAUGCCCUCGGUGCCUUCCUCUGCGUGGCCGUCGACGUGGGGUCCAACUUCGAGGUCUGGAAACGUUCGACCAUCCGCCAUCCCUUCGGCUUUGAACGCUCCGAAGUUAUUGCCGGCCUCGGCAUGUCGGUGGGCCUUCUUUUCAUGGGGCUGGAUCUGAUCUCGCACGGUCUGACACAUGCGCUGGAGGACAAGGGUGGACAUACUCCGCACCACGGCGAAGGUUCGCACGCACACGAGCGCGUUCCUCAGGGGAGCAUUGAUCUUGCCGCGUUAAGCGGCAUCGUAUCUACGCUCGUUUCGGCAAUCCUACUCAAGAACCACGCUCGCAUCGGCAAGGUGAUGAGACUGGGUGCCAUUGCGAACCUGCCGUCCGUACUGAGCAACCCCUCUCACUUCCUCACUCUGUCCUGCUCCUCGCUUCUCCUUCUCCUACCUUUGCUCAGUAUUCAGAUGUACGUGUGGCUAGACCGCACCCUCUCAUUUUCCGUCGCCAUUGCCAUGGUGGCAUUAGGCUGGAUCCAGGGGUGGACGCUGGGCAAGAUGCUCAUGAUGUCGUACUCAGGGCCCGGAGUCUCGGCCGUGCUGUACGACCUCGAGACGGACCCGGCGGUCAGCGCAGUGGAGGAGGCAAAGUUCUGGCAGGUACACUACGGACUAUGCCAGGCCAAUCUCAAACUGCGGGUGCGGAGCCUCGAGGAGAUGGGACGUCUGCGCGACCGCAUCGGAAGCAUGGUUCGGAAUCGGUUGGGCGGCGGGUACGGCAGCGGCGGGCAGAAGUGGGAGGUCUCGACGCAAAUCACAUUGGAGAAGGACUGA